AUGCAACGUCGUCGUGGGCCAAAGCCAUGGGCUACUGCAGAACAGCAAAAAUUCCUGUUAAGUCUACUCAGCAAAUAUAUCAUUUGUCAAAAGGCAAAAGUAUACACGGCAUUCUUUCUCAACAUGUGGGUGGCAUUUGAGGUGCAAUGGCCAGAGCACAAACGCGCUAUAAUGGGUGUCCCUUUGGAGGGCGACCUCACAGCAGCCCAGACAAAAAUACUAACUGAUGCUAAGACAGGAUUAAAAGGGGCGCUUGACCUCAGCGAAACUCUGAAUGGAGGAGAUGAGGUAUCAGGACGAGCUCCACAAGAAGUGGAAGUAUACUCACAGAUUUUCUACAAUGAGCGCGUGAAGGAGGAAGCAGAUGCGGCAAUCAAGGCCGAGGGUAUCACAACACGUGGCCAAAAGCUUGUAAAACGGAAGGACCUCACUCGCACCAAAUAUGCAGCCGAAGAUGAUGGCAUCAAGGCUCAGGUCCAAGAAAGGCACCAAGAAGCCCUUGUGAACUGGAAAAAAAAAUGUGAACUAGCUAGAGCCAGUUUCGUUCCAGAAGUUGAACAAGAGGAGAAGAUUAAAGCCUUCAGCAAACUCGGGGCGCAUCUUGAUCGCAUCUUCCGCCACUUGUCCCAUAAGACGGGUGGACUUAAGUUCACAUGUAUUGCGGGGGGACAAAACCCAGCCAUGGGAGACGUUGUAGUUCUUGACUACCAUCUCGGAGAGACGGAGAUGGGGGACGAGUUUUUGGCUGAAUAUGCUGGGUUCAGUGAAGUUCAAACGGCCUAUGCAAACUUCGUCAAAUUGGCACUAGCCCAUGACGAUAAGAUGGUGGCUUCAGCACUGGAUGCAGGUACUAUUGCAGAUGAGUUGGCUGACAAGUCAGACAAUAUUUUUUGGGAGGGUAGCGAAGAAGAAGAGGAAAAGGCUGCUGAGGAGGAGGAAAAUGUUAGGGAGAAUGAAGAGCUUGGGGUUAUAAACGAUAUUGAGCUGGGGCUGAAUGGCCUUUAUGAGUUCGACCGAGUCAUGGAUGACCAAAGGCCUAUGGUCGACUCAUCACCAGCACCUGUAACCGCUUGGACCACUACUGUAGCACCAACCAUCACUGAUGAUAAUAUUGUCCCCCCCACUUUCGACCAAUUCGACAUAUCCAGCUUGGAUAUGUCUGCUAUCGACGAUUUUAUCGCAAGCCUACCACCCUAUGACCCAUUCACAUCUGGUCUCGACAAUCUUGACUUUAGCUUCAUGGACGACUCCUCCGACUCAUUUGAUUAUCAAUAUUCCCUGCCCAUUGCUCAUGAACCAACAGAUCAUAUUUUACCUGCAUUCUCAGGUUAUACAGCCAUGUCUAGUAACACACCGCUCUCUCGUUCCAAUCAUCUACCACCUGCUACACCCCUUGCAAGCACCUCCAGCAUGAAUGUGACAGAUUCCAACACAUUUGACCCUCUUGCUGGUCUAGAAGAGGAAGGUCCAUGUCGAACAACGCGCCACCAUGUUCCAUCCACACGUGAGCAUGUUCUCAAUGCAAUUCGGUCAUCAAGUGCGCGUGUGCACCCACCUGUCUCUGUUGAUAAAGAGAACAACAAGCGACGGAAGGGUAAUACCAUCGGUGCAGCCCCGCAGUCCAGAAAAAAACAGAAACACGCCUGA